AAUGGUUGCUCCGGCAUUUUGAGACUUCUUUAUCAUCACACGCUGCCCUAUGGAUCUAACUUAGCGAGGGCGGUGCUUUCACGCGGAUUUGCCAUUCAAAUACGAUUUCAGAUGCAUGCCAGGUUCCUGGUGAAUGCCAGAAGAAGAGAUCACUACAGAUGGAGUCCCAAGGUCAUCAUGGCAAUGGCAGUUCAUUAGUUGUUCUCCAGCAGCCUUCUUUGGAUAGCCGGCAAAGGGUGGACUAUGAAAGAGAUGUUCAGCCCACUGCUAUCUUGUCGCUGGAUCAGAUCAAGACUCUCAGGGGCAGCAAUGAAUACACUGAAGGCCCAUCUGUGGUGAAAAAGUCCGCUCCGCGGACAGCUCCUAGACAAGAAAAACCUGAAAGGACUCAUGAAAUCAUACCGAUCAAUGUGAAUAAUAAUUAUGAGCACAGGCCCACCCACCCAGGACAUGUGCUGCAUCAACACAACUCGAGGGCUCCUGUGUUGAGCAGGUCUACAAGUACUGGGAGUGCCGCUAGUUCUGGAAGUAACAGCAGUGCUUCUUCAGAGCAGGGCCUUCUGCUAAGGUCACCCCCAUCUAGGCUAGGGCCAGGCCACAGAUCAGAAAGGCCAAUCUGGACGCAGCCCAAGCCGUCGUCUCUGAUCGUGGAUGACCUGAAGAGUCCCUUGAAAGAGGACUCAACACAGCACAAGUUUAUCUGUGAACAGUGUGGGAAGUGCAAAUGUGGAGAGUGCACCGCACCCAGGGCCUUGCCCUCCUGCUUGGCCUGCAAUAGGCAGUGCUUGUGCUCAGCGGAGAGCAUGGUGGAAUACAGCACCUGUAUGUGCCUGGUCAAAGGGAUUUUCUACCACUGUUCCAAUGAUGAUGAAGGGGACUCUUUUGCGGAUAAUCCUUGCUCCUGUUCUCAGUCGCAUUGCUGGUCUAGGUACUUGUGCAUGGGGGCUAUGUCCUUGUUUUUGCCUUGCCUGAUCUGUUAUCCUCCUGCAAAAGGGUGCCUAAAACUGUGCCGAGGGUGUUACGACCGGAUCAAUCGUCCAGGCUGCCGAUGCAAGAACUCCAACACUGUUUAUUGUAAGCUGGAAAGUUGCCCUUCUAGGGGCCAAAGCAAGCCCUCCUGAUUUCUGGAGGGGGAUGUUCAGUUCUUCAGACUCUUUCAGGUUGUGGCUGGCUUUCCUGCCUUCAUUUCACACACACCCUUCCUCCAUUUCUCUUUCUUUUUUCUUUCUUUCAUGCACAAGUUAUUUUUGUCUCACACAACAGCUACUCUCAGCGAAGGCAAAUCUGGGUAUUUCCUUGGUCUUUGUUAAGUGUGGCCCACGUACUUGCAUCUAAUUUUUCAUCUUGGCAAGUCAUCUCAGGUUUGGGAGUAAUCCCUUCCUGAAAGAAGAAGUAAUGAGGGUAUUGCAUUAUUCUGAAGCCUUCUACUCUGCAACCAACUUCCCAAAGAUGCUCUUUUGUUUUGCUCUCUGCAACUCUAUUUUUAACCAAUUUUAAUGGCUUCUACAUGAUUAUUUUGUCUCUUCCCUUUUUAAUUUUUUUAAAGCUUCAUAAUACAGCUCUUUCUGUAAAAAGAAAGAAACUGUCUCAGUCCGGACAACACAAUAACCACCUGUGGUUUUAGUAGUCAACUGUCAGUGGAAUGGUCAGUGGUUGGCCAUUUUGUUGUCUGUCAGGCAAAAAACACUCCACAGUUGACUUUUCCCCUCAAAAAACCCACUGGAGAAACACAACCAGCUACAGAGUUGACUAGUCACACAACUAGUGGUUAUUGUGUUGUCUGUCGGGCUCAGUGGACUUUUUCGAGUUGACUAUUUCUCCUGGCUACAGAGUUCCCAGGCAAGAGCGGCCAAAACCACACUGGCACAAAUCACAGAGGCUGCUGGGAUAGCACCGGGAGGACUGAGGGAGAAGAGAAGGCGGGGCGGGGGCUGUGUCAGUCAAAUGCUGGGUUGUCUAUUAGUCCACUCAACAUCAGCCCCAACCACUCCACACAGUUGUGUAGGAACAGGUGUGGGGUGUACCCGCAAAAUACCCAACUGUGAGUUGACUAUUCCACCCACCAUUAACUAAUGUGUUGUCCAAAUGCAGCCACCAUUUGUUACAGUUUGGCUGAGCCUUAGCAAACCUAGUCUUGCCACCUUUUCAAAUUGCAACCAGCCUGCUUUUUGCUAUCACCUUGACAGUUCUUUAACAUUUUUCAAUCCAAAUUGCAAAACCUUACUUUGCUUGACUUUUCUCCCCGUCACUGCACAUUGGAGAUGCUAUGGCUACAGCUUUCUUUAAUGGUUUCUACAGCUUUCAGAUGUGCACAAGGCCUUACAUUUUCAGUUUUUAAACUUGUCUUCUUUUGAUACUAAAGUUAUUAGUUUCUGCACAUUUGAGUAAUAAUCUUCAGGUAUCAUACAGUUUAAGUUGUGUAAACGUUCUCUGAUCUCUUUAACACUUCUAUUAUUUCUGUGGCUUAAUGACAUUUAAUUCCAACCCUGUGCUUGAUAACGUUAAUCCUCUCUGUUUUUAUUGCCUUAGCCACAAAUUGUGGUGCUUUUUGUAUAUUUUAUGUAAAAACACAAAGUUGAAUCUGACUAUUUUUAAGACAAAGGUCUGUUAAAACUUUUUUUAUUGUAAAGAAUAUUUAUUAUGUGAAUCUCUAUUAUUUUAUGAUAUUUAUUACAAAGGACUGUUCCAAAAAUGUACUCCUGUCUGAAUAUAACAAAAUAUCAAUACUUAACGAAAAUAAGGGUGACACAAAGAAAGUACGUAUGUUAAAGUAUAAUGCAGAAAAUAUAAUAAUUAAUGAAAAUGUCUCGGGUUCUUUAUUUGUUAACAUAGCAAUAAGUUGUUAGCAGUAUUAGUAAGAGGCUGCAGUCCUAUGUCCACUUACCUGGGAGUAGCUCUAGUGAACUCAAUGGGACAUUUCUGAUUAGCCAUGUAUAAGAUUGCAUUGUAAGAGUACUGCUUUUAUUCCUUAUUUUUAUGACUGUGAAACCACUGCUAGUAUUCUAGUUUUAUUUAAUCAUAUUUUCUUUAAAACAUUCAGAUGAAUUUUUGCUCUGAAAUCCUUCACAGCAUUAUUGUAUGUUGCUCAAUCAACAUAUAGACCCCAAGCUACAUAUGUGCGGAUAUAUACUUUUUUGGUGGAAUACUUACAAAUCUACCUUCAGUUUCUUAAAGUUUCUAGUCCUCAUUGCUGCAAAUAUUAGUGUGAAAAUGGGAUGACAAAAAAUGCUAAAAGUUUGGAAAAGAGAAUCUAAGAAAGAAGAUGCCUAAAUUCCAUGCUUUUCAAAUAGUGUGUCCCUGUUCAUAUAUUGUGUCCCAUCCCCCAAAAGGUUGCCAUGGCUUUCAGACUUAAAAAGUACUGUAGAAUAAGUGCAACUUCUGAGCCAGUCACAAUUUGGCACCUGUCAGAUUCAUAAAACACGUGAACUAGUUUCAUCCAUGUCACUCAUUGUUUACAACAUGGCUGUUGGUGCUUGUUUCCUACCACUGUUCUGUAUGGUGAUUAGAGUUUUCUGUUCAGCCACUUUACAAGGCUUGGAAACGUCAUCGCCCAUCGGUUUAAGUGUUUGCUUUCUCUAAAAUACCAAACAUGCCUGUCCAUAUUUAGAAAUAACAUGUCAGUUGAACUGCAGUAUCAGCUGAAGAAAACACAUUCUUUUUUAGUUUACAUCUGAAUAACAAUCAGAAGGACAAAUACACCUUGUAUAACUCAAGUCCAUUACUUUGGGAAGCUUCUGGGUAAUGCUAGUUCUUGAACGUUGGCCCAUUGUGGCCUAUUCGUUCACCUUGAUCAGCUUCUAAGCUCUGUGUCACAUCUGGGCUCUGGGACAUAUUACUGUAUUGAUUGGGGUGUAGUGGCAAUUGAAAUACCUAUACAAACUACCUUAAUUAUUUUAAGUUACUGAAGAAAGCAUAUCUUGCAGCACAAAAGUUUCUU